CUCCCUGCCUGCCUCCUCCCUCUCUCUCCCGCACGCAUGCAUACAGACCGACAGGCUACGGCGACCCCCCUCCCCCCUUCCAUCAUUUUCCCAUCUCUUACUCACUCUCUUCCCUACAACAAACAUGGCCGCGAAAUCGGAUGGUGCACCCGUCUCUCUACGAAACGAAAUCCCACCCGAGUGUCCUUCCAGGUCGGACCCACGGCCUCCGCAGCGUCCACCCGCCGAGCAACGCUACUCCCUCCCGGACUGCUGCUGGACGCUGUGCGCCCUUUUGGUCUUCUUCUCGGACGGGGCCUCAGACCUGUGGCUGGCCGCCGACUACUACCUAAGGAGGGACUACUGGUGCUUUGCACUGACUCUGGUCUUUGUGAUAGUCCCGUCCGUGGUCGUGCAAGUGUUGAGCUUCCGAUGGUUCGCCUACGAUUUCUCGGAGACCGUCGAGAGCGGCACGGCUGCGGCCGCCGUGGUAGCGGCGUCGGGAGCGGAGGAGAGCGACUUCAGCACCAAGGACAGCGGAGAGCAGGGCGCUGGCCGCACUGCCGCGGCCGGGGUGCUGCCAGGGCCGGGCACCGGGGGAGGAGCCCGGGGCUGCUGCAGAGUCUUCAUGUGGCUCUUCCAGGCCAUCAUUCACAUAUUUCAACUGGCACAGGUCUGGAGGUAUGUCCACGCUCUGUAUCUGGGCGUGCAGAGCCGCUGGCACAGAGACCCAGAGCGGCGUCACUACUACUGGCGCAUGAUGUUCGAGAGCGCCGAUAUCAGCAUGCUGCGUCUGCUCGAGUCCUUCCUGAAGAGCGCCCCUCAGCUGGUGCUGCAGCUCAGCAUCAUGAUCCAAGCCAGUCAGGUGCUGCCGCUUCAGGGGCUUUCAGCGUCUGCCUCGCUGAUAUCUCUCUCCUGGAUGAUCGCCUCCUAUCAGAAAGUCCUGAGAGACUCCCGAGACGAUAAGCUACCCAUGUCUUACAAGGCCGUCAUAGUUCAGAUUCUCUGGCACCUGUUCACCAUCGGGGCACGCACUCUGGCCUUCGCCCUCUUUGCCUCCGUGUUCCAGCUUUACUUUGGCAUCUUCAUCGUGGCCCACUGGUGCAUCAUGACGUUUUGGAUAAUUCAAGGCGAGACGGACUUCUGCAUGUCCAAAUGGGAGGAGAUCAUCUACAACAUGAUGGUGGGCAUCGUGUACGUGUUCUGCUGGUUCAGCGUGAGAGAGGGUCGCACUCGCUGCAGGAUGCUCAUCUACAGCCUGACUGUAUUCAUCGAGAACGUGGCCCUCACCACCAUCUGGUACCUGUACCGCGGCCCUCAUACCUCAGACUUCUACGCCGUCAUCAUGGUGUGCAUAGUGGCCAGCAGCUAUGCUCUGGGCACCUUCUUCAUGUUUGUGUAUUAUUGUCUGCUGCACCCUGACGGCCCAGUCUCAGGGUGGGGCUAUAUUGUGGAGAAGGAGGUACCUGUAGAGAUGCUGGCCUCCCCGGCUACCAGCCUACCCCCUGAUCUGGUGAGCAGCCCCCCCAGGACCCUUCAGAGAACUAAAGGGUCUGAAAGAGAGCAGGGUCCUGGGGUAGAUGGAGAUGUGUUUCAGGUACGACCACCUCGGGGAGCUCAGGCCCCGGUCACCCACCUCACACCCAGGACUGAGGGGCCUGUCAUCCGAAUAGACCUCCCCAGGAAGAAGUAUCCUGCCUGGGACGCUCACUUCAUCGACCGCCGGCUGCGUAAAACCAUCCUGGUGCUCGAAAGUGCCGCCCCGGUCACGCCAAGGAUUCAGUACCGCUGUCUGGGCACACCCAAAGAAGUGAUGGAGUACGAAACCACCGUGUGAUGUGCUGAGCUGAAGAUGCUGUGACUCAGCUUGCUGCCAUGUGGACACCCUGCCUUAAAUUUAAAAAACGGCAGGUGGAUGACUCUCACCGAGCAGCUCCACGCCUACUUCUUGAGCGCUCUCUGUACUGUCAGGCGAAGAAGGGGGCGGAGUGUGGCGGCGGCGGUGGUGGUGUCUUUAUUUUUUAACAAAGGCAAAGUUCUGUGAUGUUGUCUAAUGAUGGUGCAUAUUUUGGUUUCUGUAUCAUUUCUCAGGUCAGGACGUGGUACAGGAAAGAGGUCAGCGUUAACUUAGAGAGAAGCACAGGUAGGCGGAGAAGUACGAUUAUCAAUCAGAGGCAGAAAGUCCUCCUCGGUGACGAUGCUGUCGACGACAGAGACGAGCCUUCAACAUGCAUGAUUAUUUAUGGCAGCUAGAACCGAAACAUCAAGAGUGGAGAUGAUAGACACAAUCUACCAGUGUCAUAGUGUUCGAGAUCGGUCUCAAGACCACCUCUGUUGUUGUAUCAGUUUCCGAUAAAGAGGACUCAGGAUUUUAUUUUAAGACCGGUCAAAACCACAACUGGUUCCCAUUGAUCACCUAAUAAUGUGUAACUUGUGAUGCUAACGAAGAAGUGCAAAAAACUGCAGCUCCUCAAAAAUAAAAUAAUUUUACACUAAGCUAUCUAAGUUGAAUAUAUACUGUCUGGUCUUGACUUGGUCUUGACUUGGUCUCAACCCCUCAAAGUCUUAGUCUUGCUUCAGUCUCAAUACACUCGGGUCUUGGUCUUGACUUGGUCUUGACUUGGUCUCAACCCCUCCAAGUCUUGGUCUUGUUUCAGUCUUGAUACACUCUGGUCUUGGUCUUGACUCGGUCUCGGUUUAGCUGGUCUUGACUACAACACUGCAGUCUACAACACAACACAACACAACACAGGCAGUGAUAAUCAUAAUCACGAUUUUCCAUAAGUUAUUCACUCAUGUUGAAGGAGUCUCUGAAGGAUGCUGCUUCAAAUCUGAAGGGUGGUUUCAAAAGCAACAUUUGAGUUGAAUGUAAAAACAGUUGAAAAUGUGAUUAUUUGUGACGAGGCUUUGAGCAUUUUCAUGCUGUUAGUGGGAUUUACAACAUUCCUGUGGUACUAUAUUUGUUUUGUUUUUUUGAGGUAAGCUAGAACAAAAAACAAAAAAAGAUAUUUGUGUGUGUUUACAAGUUGUUUUGGGGACAUGCCAUCCACUAUUAUUCAAAUAAGACACACCUUCAUACAGAAUGUGUACGCACUGAACAAUAGCUUCAUUAUGAGUUACAUUUACAGGAUGUAUUCUACAGAUGGGACUCUCUCAACAGUUGUAUUUUCAUACUUACAUUCACCGUUACACAGCGAAAGGUUAAUUUAUAUGUAAAUUAAACUGUACAAUGAGGAGGAUGUUUCAGAGGGACAGCACUGUCUGUAAUUGUACUGUAUCCAUACUUUGUUGUCUGAAAAAUGUUUAAAAAAAAAAAGAAAAGAAGAAAAAAAAAAUAGCUGCAGACUCCGGACUCCUAACAGAAUAGCUUUGAUAUUAUCGAUGGUACAGGCAUGUGGUAUUUUUUGGAGACACUUAAUUUUACAGGUCUUAAAAUGAUCCUAAAAAGAAGCUUUUAAUUUGGUACAAAUUUUAGGGAAACAGUGUUAGUUUAGCCAUGAUUUUUCUUUCUUUUCUCCAUUUAAACCAAGUGGCAACCUCCAUGAAUGUGAAGUGCCCAGUACAAAAAACAGUUUUAAUUAUAAUUAUUGCUAAAUUACAAACUUCUUUCCAGGAACCUUCCUCCCUAAUUUAAAGGACCUGUAAAAUAAAGUGUACUUUCUUUUUUGGGGUUGUUUUUCUAUAGUCACAAAAGGAAAUUGAACCGUGUGUGUGUGUCUGUGUGUGUUUGCGUGUAUGUAUGUGAGCUCACAUACCAGCAUGUGUAUGAGUGUAUGUGAAAGGGAAAGGGGAAGAAGGAGUCCUGCCAUGUGCAUUUAAGUUAAUUUAUUUUUUAAAAUUGUGUUACUGAGAUAUGACAGUUUUGUUGUAAACACUGUCCAGUCAGCUCAUUUUAUUUCCCAGAUGACACUGAAAGAAAUAAAAAACAGCCCACAGAGCACCUUUAACCACCUCUGUUUGCAGUAACAAAGCCAGAGGCUUCUUCAACUAUGGUGCUAAAUGUUUAAAAUCCAUCACUAUACCCACACGGUGUACCAUGAAAUGGGCUUGUUGUGGCAGGAGCUGGGCGAGGCUGUACCUCAAACACAAACACAAAGCUAGAAUCAAAAAGCCUUAAACUGGUCAUGCCAGACUGUUGCUGUUAGAGCAAGAAAAAAAAAAGAUUAACAGGAAGGUGAAGACAAUUUCAGUAUGUUGUUGUUGCUAAAAUAAAGAGCAAUGUGUUUACCUGACUUCUGCUGUUUGUGCCUUCUUACACAGAAAUAGAUAGAUAGAU